UUAUUCGUUUGCUCUCGUUUCGCUGUACGUAAUCAGGGUCUUAAGUUUUCCGCUCCAUAUUGACGUCCUACACUACAGCGUGGUCACCCUCGGAACACAAAACACUACACCUUCCUUGGCUUGUUGUGGGAAUGUUCACACACAGGGCCGCGCAGGAGCACGCUGUUUUUCACGAGAUUCCUUUCUGGAAGGUUCCGUUUUCGCUUCCUCUGCCUCAGGAUCCAUCGUACGCGUCCCGCCCGUCUCGCGGACAGAGAAGUCACACGCGAGCCGGGAGUUGAGAGCCCGGAGGCGCGAGGCGCGCGGCGGGAGGCACGAGGCGGCGGGCGUGAGGCAGGUGGCAGGAAUCACGGCUGGUCACGUGACACAGGGGGGCGGCGCUUCCGUGCCUCUCAGCCAGUAGCUAUAGAAAAAAAAAGCCCGAGAAGAGAAUGAAUAACGGGACGGUAUGAUGUUUAUGAAGAUGCAUACCUGCGAAGCGCCGAGCCACCCCGCGUCCGACGAAUAAAAUAAAAUAAAAUAAAAUAAAAACAACAGAACAACACAGACGCUGCGUGACACUGCGCUUGGAGACGCAAACCGACUGUACCACACAGUCCAGCUGACGAUGGCCUGGAUGUGUAAGAGGAAGUAUGUCAUCGCAACCGUCCUGACCGUGGCCGUCUCGGUCUUUGUCAUGGUGAACUACACUGAAAAAACGUGUUUCCUGCUGCAGCUGGUGUUCGGUCAGCACAAGCCAUCCAAGGCCCACUCCGGGUACGUCAGCAUCCCGGACCAGGAGCCCCUGAAGCUCUACUGCGAUGUGUGCAGCGUGGUGUCCAGCUCGGGGCAGAUGCUGGGCCGGCUGGCCGGCCCGGAGAUCGACAGUGCGUCCUGCGUGUGGCGGAUGAACAACGCACCGACGCGCGGCUUUGAGCGCGACGUGGGCCGACGCACCACGCUGCGGGUGGUCUCGCACACCAGCGUGCCGCUCCUCCUGCAGCGCCAGCAGCACUUCUUUGGCCAGGCCAACGACACCGUCUACGUCAUCUGGGGCCCCCUGCGCAACAUGCGCAGGGACGGCAAGGGCAUCGUGUACAACAUGCUGCGGCAGGUGAUGGACAGCUACCCGCAGGCCCGCAUCUUCGUCACCACGGAGGAGCGCAUGAACUACUGCGACAGGGUCUUCAAGGAGGAGACCGGGAAAGACAGGAUACAGUCGGGGUCUUACCUCAGCACCGGCUGGUUUACGCUCAUCCUGGCUAAGGACAUGUGCAAGGAGAUCCGCGUCUACGGCAUGAUCAACAACACGUACUGCAGGACGGUGGGCUACAAGAAAGUGCCGUACCACUACUAUGAGGCCGGAAGCCGGGAUGAAUGCGCCGAGUACCUGCUUCACGAGAGCGCCCCCUACGGCGGGCACCGCUUCAUCACUGAGAAGUCCGUUUUCGCCAAGUGGGCAAAAGUGCACCCCAUGAAAUUCUUCCACCCCACCUGGCUGGUUUCAUGACCCAAGGAGCACCCUGCACUUCCUCUCCCCGACUUGCCAGGUGUCUGGGACAGAUCUGGCCUCUCUCAGUGUCCUGUACAUCCUCCCAGUCGUCUUUUCACUCUACAUGGACUCACUGAUGUCAACAGAGGGUCAGACUCUGAAUUCCGUCCAUCGCCGCUGCUGUGCGCGUCAUUAUCUCCAAGGAGACUGACAGCGAUGACACUUGGUGCUGCUGCUGGACCAGAAUGCCGGGUAUGGAUGGGGAGGAUCUUAAAAAGACAAUCAACAUUAAGUGUGAACAACUUUAUGGAAGCGUCUAUAGAAGUGUUGUAUGUUUGUAAGUGUCUUUUUUUUACUCCAGCUGUCUUUAUUUUAAAGCUGUGAAAGGGUGACCUCAAGCCCAGUUCCAGUCAGGAAAGUGAAACGUAGACAGGUGGGAGUUGCCAGUCCAGCGUGACUUCAUUCUUUUACUGCGAUGUAUGAUCUUAUGAAUGGAUUAGGAGCAAAAAUGUUGAAUAUGGAAAAAGUCAGACUACAAAGAGAUACAAUGAACAAAAAUCCCUCCUACAAUGGACUCAAACAGUUGUGUUUCUGCCGUUAUCCUGUGAUUUGUUGGUCCAUGCCUUUCAUUUUUGAGGGAAUUUUUAGGCUUUGUUUCCAUAUUUGUAAGUAAAAAGAGAAGUCAGAGCAGCAGCUGUAUUGAAAGUUACCGGUGGAAUUCGAGCCGGGCUUAAGAUUUGCGUCCGAAAACUGUUUGCCCAGUUUGUUGAAAGCCAGCACAAGCCAUCCAGGUUCUCGCUGUCGUCUUUCCUACUGUAGCUUCACACACGGUCGACGCCCGUCGGUCCCCAGGGUUCCUUCAGCGCGGGAACUCUAGGGGCUCGGAAAGCAGGAACGGGACCUUACGCACUCCUCUGUGCCCUCCGUGUCACGCCGCACGCCCGAUCAAAGAGGCCAGGUUGGUUCGAAACCCCUGGUGUCACCAGCGUUUGAAGGCGCGUGAUCUCCUUUUGCACCGAGCUGCUCUGUUACUGCCGGCGAGCGGUGAGCGACCCUGCGGUCGUUCCACCUGGCGGACUUUACAAAUGCUGUGAAACUUUAUUUAUUUUUCGGUGUUUUUGCUGGGUGGCGGAGAGAUGCAGCGUCGUCGCACUCGCGUCCCGCGGCAGAAUGGGGAACGAGAGGACCGACGCUGCCGGACUCGACGCCCUUCGGCUCCAGCAGCUGUUCGGAUUUCAAACUCUUCCCGUGAACCUGAACUGCUCUACGGUGUCUGUUUCUCAUACGUUCACUCGUGUUUACGUUCUUCGUGCCUACUGUUUUUCUCCUUUAACCAUGAUUAGGGUGGCUAGUUAUUUGGUCUUUGUGAGUCCAUUGUUUUCCCCAUUGGCUCACAGCUGCACAGUCACCAAGUGUUUUUUUCAGAAGUGUUAUUGUUCCAACGUUUCUUACUUGACUCGCUCUCAUCCGCGUGUCAUUUUUCGUUAUUCCUAUGCAAACGUUCAGGACAUUGUGCUGCAUGCGUACGGAACCUCCCUGUGAUUUUCUUUUUUUUUUUUUUUUUCUUACACCGUCUGGCAGCUCCUCACGUCCGCCUUCCUCGCUGCCUUCCGAUGAUGUCCGAAUCCUGUAGCGGGAGGAGGGAAGGAGCGCACCUCAGCUUCCUCGGCCCAUGCCAGUGUCUUUACCGCUCCCUCCGUGUUCCUUAAACCUACACUUUACGGUGAUGUCUAACGUGACUUAAAACGGUUGUUUUUUUGAGCAGUCAAUGGAAGGAGAGGUUGCUACACGAAGAUGGGAUUAUCCCAGGUGCCCACGUGGUUAACGAUGAGUCGCUCAGAUCCUGCCCCGGUCGCCCGGGCCAGCGCUGGGUAGCUCAUCUCACACUCGCGCCCGUACGGCUCCGGGGAAGCACUUCCCUGCGCCAGCAGGCCCGAGCGAUUCAGGCACGCUGCUGGGUGAGGGAUCAUUUUCCUAUUGCAGAUGUCUGUUCGUUCCAGAAUGGUCAGAUGCCAAAUGUUUUUCUCUUCUGAAGGUGAUGGGUUUGUUUUGCUGAACUUCUUUUCACGCGUGGUUUGCGACCGGGAGCUUCGCAGUGCACGUCAAGUCUACGGACUGUUUUGUUUGCCGAAGAAGCAUCGCGCUCGAAAUUUCGUCCACUCGUUUUUUUGCUUUUUCCCACAUGAAGUGACCUUGAGAUUUUUUGCAAUUACUCUAAGCAUUUAAGUCGUUUCUCCACCGAGGUGGAAUUGUGUAUACGGAGGUUUUGCUGCGCGGUGGAUGUGAUCUUUGUGUACAUUUCCGCCAAACCCUUUCCGCUCGUGUACAUUUGCACAUUGCUGUACCGCGGUUGGCUAGUCCUGUGUGCAUGGAACUCGUAUGUGUUGCUCAGCUCCAUUGCCGUAGCCCUUCACAUCACUCGGUCAGUAUGUGCGUGAUCUUGUUAUUAAACACGUUUUCUAUUGUGAUAUAUGUCUCUAAUUCUGCUGAAACCCUCCUCCACAACAGACGGCGCAAAUUAUUGGUUUCCGUAAACCAGCUGUGUUACGUGCAGAUGUUUUCUGCCGUAUUUUUCAACUCGGUGCAAUCUGCAGGUGAGGAAUUUGGAAUAUACCUCUGUGCUACCGAGGUGUAUCGACAACAAGCGUCUUUCCUUUCAUGACACGAACCUGAUCCUUUUGCCAAGCCACCUUCUGGUGCAAUGCUAAGAAAUGCAAUUAUUUUUGGAGCACCGUAACAUCACUCAAAAGUAUUGCCUGUGAGGAAAGGAGUCCGUCUGUUUUGCUUGUUUUUAUGGCGUUGCUUUGGAAACUUGUCUCUGUGGUCCAUUAAAAACGUGUCGUUUGAGAAAGAUAAAUGUUGACGUUUUAUUUCUGUAUUAAUUGUACAUAAUAUUUUAUGGGAUCACAUCUGAUAUUUUCUGCCAAAAAAGCGAUUGGUCGUUUUAUUCUGCUCCUCUGAUGUGUGUGCAAGAUGGAGCAAGAAGGGCCUUUAUAUUAACUGAGAACAUAGUGUCUUCAGAUGAAUGAAUUUUGCAGCGAGAAUGUGCGUUAAACCAUUAGUAUUGCGACUGAUGCUCGUCGUGCAAAUUUCACUUGAUUCUCAUUAAAAUGUAAAUGAACCUUUGGAUGACAUGGGGCGAAAUAAGAUUUUUUGAAUGCCAUGUUUUACUUUACACACAUCUCCUGUUUAUUACAUUCACAUUAAUGCAAUAAUUUUAGUAUUCCCUGAAGUAUUUGACUGUGGUUUUACUGACGGUAUUAUCUUUGUUUGUUUGGUCACGGUGGUAAAUGUUUAAUUCCGUAACCCUCACAAGAUAAUAUAAUAUUUUAUUCAGCAGCGUAUGUAG